AUGCCAGAGACAGCAGUCUGGGUGACCGGUUGGGCCAAGAAACAAGCCAGAACUGUGCAAAUCCACAGUCUGGAGCUUCUUCCCGAUCGCCUGGAGAAGAGUGUCAAGGUCCUCAACAGACUUUGCGAGGAUACGCAACACUGCACAUUUGAGGCUGGCGAUAUCAAAGACGCUCCUCAGGACCUCCGCGAGCAUGACGUCGUUGACUUCAACGCCGCAGUUGGAUCGACAACUUUGGAGGAGGAGAAUAUUUUGCUUAGCGUGGUGUAUCGUAUGAGGGCGGGCGCUCUUGUGCUGACGCGAAGCACUCCUUCUAUCAAGACUAUGGCAUAUCCUGUAAGUGGCGCUGCUUUGAACCACAGUGAAUAA